GAACUUGAGACUCGGCUGGUUGAAUCAUGGAAAAAGGCCAGUGUUGUCCUGAAAGUGAAUGGAGUUGAUGAGGUCCGACGGCAAUACCUGACGAAACUUCGUGAAUCGACUCCUUGCUACGGAGCUGCUUUCUUCCGUGGAUUGAUAGAACGGCCUGGGAUCAACCCUCUGAACAUCAAAAAAGUUUUCAACUUGCUAAUCAAUGGAGCUCCAGAUACGGAGGUGAUUGUGGGUGUCAACAGCGAAUUCGUAUCCCUCAUCGAUGCAAACCGUCAUGAUUUAGUACUUGUACAGAGAAUACGCGAUUGCACAUGGAGAAAACUUAUUUAUUCUCCGGAAGAAAUCAAAAAAGGCCAUCAACAUCUCCUAUUUCUAUCAUUCCCGGAUGAUGACUACAUCAAAUCACGCAAUGAUUUCCUCGUGGGGAAAGCUGAAAACUUGGCGAACAUGAAGAUGAAUAUCCUCCAUAUUUUUUCGAGUCAAACGAUGUUGUUGAAUGCGAUGCUGAACUCGGUGAAAUCUAAUCUAGGGGAAGAGGACGACCUCACUGACGAAAUAGUGAGUGAUCAGACGAUAGAAUCCACCGGAUACCCAUCUCCUGGUCGAACGACUGUCGCUCGAACGCCAUCUCUAUCGAAAUCUCAUCGUAUGUGUCUAGCAAGUUUUGAAGAUGGUAAAUUUGUUAAAGCAAAAGGCACCUAUAAAAAGGUGGACUGGGAAACUGUUCAACGAGGGGUCGAGGUGGUACUGUAG